ACGGACAGCAGCGGACUUGGGCUGAGGUUCCCGGGCGGGCGGGCGCGGAGAGACGCGGGAAGCAGGGCUGGGCGGGGGUCGCGGCGCCGCAGCCAGCGCAGCCAACCCGAGGGGCCGCCGCCGCCGCCGCCCAGCGCGCUCCGGGGCCGCCGGUCGCCGCCAGCACCCGCCGCGCCACAGCUCCGGGAUCGGCCCCGGCCGCCGCCGCAAUGGGCAACGCCGCCGCCGCCAAGAAGGGCAGCGAGCAGGAGAGCGUGAAAGAAUUCUUAGCUAAAGCCAAAGAAGAUUUUCUUAAAAAAUGGGAAAGUCCUGCUCAGAAUACAGCCCAUUUGGAUCAGUUUGAACGAAUCAAGACCCUUGGCACGGGCUCCUUCGGGCGGGUGAUGCUAGUGAAGCAUAAGGAGACUGGGAACCACUUUGCCAUGAAGAUCCUCGACAAACAGAAGGUGGUGAAACUGAAACAGAUCGAGCAUACCUUGAACGAAAAGCGCAUCCUGCAGGCUGUCAAUUUUCCGUUCCUCGUCAAACUCGAGUUCUCCUUCAAGGACAACUCUAAUUUAUAUAUGGUCAUGGAGUAUGUGCCUGGUGGGGAGAUGUUCUCACACCUGCGGCGGAUCGGAAGAUUCAGUGAGCCCCAUGCCCGCUUCUAUGCGGCCCAGAUUGUCUUGACCUUCGAGUACCUGCACUCGCUGGACCUCAUCUACCGGGAUUUGAAGCCGGAGAACCUGCUCAUUGACCAGCAGGGCUAUAUUCAGGUGACAGACUUUGGUUUUGCCAAGCGCGUGAAAGGCCGCACCUGGACUUUGUGUGGAACCCCCGAGUACCUAGCCCCUGAGAUCAUCCUGAGCAAAGGCUACAACAAAGCUGUUGACUGGUGGGCCCUGGGGGUGCUCAUCUAUGAAAUGGCCGCCGGCUACCCACCCUUCUUUGCUGACCAGCCCAUCCAGAUCUAUGAGAAGAUUGUCUCUGGGAAGGUGCGGUUCCCAUCCCACUUCAGCUCUGACCUGAAGGAUCUGCUGCGGAACCUCCUGCAGGUGGAUCUCACCAAGCGCUUUGGGAACCUCAAGAAUGGGGUCAAUGACAUCAAGAACCACAAAUGGUUUGCCACAACUGACUGGAUUGCCAUCUACCAGAGGAAGGUGGAAGCUCCUUUCAUACCAAAGUUUAAAGGCCCUGGGGACACGAGUAACUUUGACGACUAUGAGGAAGAAGAGAUCCGAGUCUCCAUCAAUGAAAAGUGUGGCAAGGAGUUCUCUGAGUUUUAGGGGUGUGCCUGUGCCCCAGUGGGUUUUCUUUUUUUGAGGGGGGUGGGGGGGAGGGUUGGAUUGAACAGCCAGAGGGCCCCAGAGUUCCUUGUAUCUAUUUUCAUCCCCAUCUCCCCUCCAGGAUAGGAGGAGCAGGAAGCCCAGAUAGUCAGAGGGAAACACUAGCUGGUCCCCUCACCUCCUUGGUCCUCCUGCCCCUUCUAUUGCUUUUGCCUUUCUCCUCCCUAACUCCCCACCCAAACCCACCUCUGCCUGUUUUAAACGAGUUUCUCAGUUCCAGUUAGACCAGGUCUUGCUGGUGUAUCCAGGGACAGGGUGUGGAAAGAGGGGCCCAAACUUAACUCCAGCACCCACCCACCCCCCCAAAAAAACCACAGGCACCAUUCAUUAAGGGCAAAUGAAGGAAAGUCCACCCUUCCCUUCACAAAAACUCUGCCUGGGAAGGAGAGAUUUUUAGUGACAUGUUCAGUGGGGCUGCUUGCAAGAAUUUUUAAAAGAACAAAUUUACAAUCUUAAGUUCCACCAAUGCCUCCUUCCUGCCUCCCUCUACCUCUCUGAUGUCCUCUCCCAUCCUCCCUCCUGAAAUUCUUUUUAACAAAGCUGGGAAGCAGGCUGAAUUUAUAAAGGAAGGAGCUGGGGUUGAACCUCUGCCCCAAGCUGCUAAUGUCCCCUGACCCCCAUAACUGGGGAUCCCCUGCCAAGCCUGGAAGGGUCUCAGCCCUUUUAGGAAGUCCCUACUUGCUUCUGCCUCAACAGACCUUUCUUCAUCCUUGGCCUCUGGGACCCAGACAAGCAGCUGCCCCUGCUCUCCCUGCCAAAGAGUUGUUGUCCCCAGAAAAGACAGAGAGGGAGCCCUGAGCCCGGGGUCUUUCCUCCCAGCAGCACUUCCCCCAAAAGCUUAAAUUUUAUUCAAUUAGAUUUUAAUGCCCAGCUUCCUCUCAGUUCGGUUGGGAAGGCAACAUCCCACCGCCCCCCCCAC